AUGAAUAAUGGUAUGCAUUUAUUUCUACUUCUUUUGAGCRUCAAGGCAUAUUCACAAUUUACGUUAGCGUCAGGAUUCGUCAUCAGGCAGUCUGGAAAUAAUGAUCCCAUGGCAGUAUCCACCGUAGAUACUUUGAACAAAAAAUAUAAAUUAAAAACAUCGCGUAAGAUGAGAAGAUUUUGUAAAUUAUUUCCAGAUUACAAAUGGUGUCGAUCCGAUGACAAUCCAAACACAACUACUUUCAAUUCGACACCUAUAAUUAAUACCGAAAUUAAUACUAAUUCUACGUCUGUCGAAUUUGGAAACGAGACAACCGAUGGUAACGUAUCUAAUCAUAAUAGUACACAUUUUAUGGUAUCCAGUACAGAAACGUCACCGACGAUGACUGUUAUUAACAACUGGACUACUCUUGAUAACGAGUCAUUUGAAUUAAUUACUAUUAACGCAUCGUCAGAAACAACACUUUACGAUUAUGAAAAUUUAACUACACUGCCCAUGACAGAUUAUACCGACGAUGAGAUAAGCGUUCCCAUUACUUCGAAAUCAACUACUAACUACGAGCCAGAUAGUACUGCGACUACCACUACUAAAGUUAUGGAUAACGUGACCCUUAUUGAGACCACGACAGCAGUUUCUACAGAUUAUACUGAUUCAACGAUCGACUCCAUUGAAUUUAUGACCACUACUUUGGAUAACGUGACCCUUAUUGAGACAACAACUGCAGUUUCUACAGAUUAUACUGAUUCAACGAUCGACUCUAUUCAAUUUGCGACCACUACUGAAGCUUUAGAUUACGUGUCCCUUAUUGAGACAACGACAGAAAUUUCUAAAAUUCAUACUAAUAUCUUCUAUGUCAUUUUAUUCAUGUAA